UUUAAAUCAUUGUCAUAGUGACAAACACCAAUGAGCCUGGCAGAGGAUGAUGGGGUUGGAGCUAGAGGUGAAGCUUCUCUGAACUAGUAACAGGAAGGCCAUUCUUUCUGGGAUCUCCCAGACCUGCCAUCUGGCCUGUGAAUUAAGAUUAAGAUCACAAGUCAUUGAGGUGGCCUGCUGCACAUCUCCAGAUUGUUGUCAUCUGUAUAGGAUUGGACACCUCCACUCUCUACCUGUUUGCUUUCAGCUGGAGAUUGGAACAGAGUUGGACACCAUGACUUGCUUUCCUCCCUAGAAUACUUCCCUUCUCCAUUUUUCUGCCGCAGCAGGUGUGGUGGUACUUUACCUAUGGAAGCCUGUGGCAUCUGCUUCUUGUUCAUGGUUUUGGUCGCUAUGUUGACUGGGAUUUGUCUAGCAAUGAGAGGGCUUUUAAUCACUGAUCUGUUUGAACUUGUCUCUGCUGACUGAUGCAGGGCAAUAAGUAUUUUUACUUUGAAAUGGAUUCUCUGUCCUUAUCUCCAUUCUUUUUAUCUUAGGUGAGUUGCUUCCCUCUCUGUGCAUCACUUAUCCUCAGAUUGGGUUGAUAUUUGCAAAAGUGUUUUGUGAUGCUGAGAGUGGAGGGUUCCAGUGCCUGGUAAGGGGUGAAGCCUGGUAGAAGACAAUGGGAUUGGAGGUGAAGUUUCGCGGAAGGCCACUCUUUUCGCUAUCUCCCAGACCUGCCCUGUGAAUUAAGGUCACGAUCACAGGUCAUUGAGGUGGCCUGCUGUAUAUCUCCAGGCUGUUGUCGUCUGUGUAGGAUUGGACACCUCCACUCUCUGCUGGUUGAUACACUUCUCCACGGAUGGGAGCUCUUCCCUAUACCUGGACCAAGUUGGCUACACUAAUUCAGAGGAUGACAGGGUUGGGGAGACUGGGGUGCAGCCAACUUUUAUCCUGACUGUAGUCCUGCUCCUCCUGCUUGCAGUGCCGUAUUGACAUCCAAGAAGUCCCAGCGGAGACAGUAUAUGAUGUGCUACAUGAUAUUGAGUAUCGCAGGAAGUGGGACAUGAGCGUCAUUGACACGCAUGACAUUGCCCAGCUUGCCACCAAUGCUGAUGUGGGCUACUAUGCCUGGAAAUGUCCAAAGCCCUUAAAGAACAGAGAUGUGGUGACACUACGAUCCUGGCAGGUUGUGGAUAAAUAUUUCAUGAUCAUCAACUUCUCUGUCAAACACCCGCAAUAUCCUCCCCGAAAGGACCUGGUAAGGGCUGUUUCUAUCUUGGCGGGAUACUUGGUGCAGUCAACUGGACCAAAUAGCUGCACCUUGACUUACCUGGCUCAGGUGGACCCCAAAGGGAAGCUGCCAAAGUGGGUUGUGAAUAAAGCUUCCCAGUACCUGGCACCAAGGAUGCUGAAGAAGAUGCUUAAGGCCUGCUUGAAAUAUCCCUCCUGGAAACAGCAGCAUAAUAUCAACAUGAAGCCCUGGCUGUACCCUGAGCAGAGCAAGCUCCCCAACAUGAUGCUGUCAGACCUGGCACUCCAGCAUGCUGCAUCUCUGGAGAACAUUGAUGAGAGCAGCCUAUCAGAGGUGAAGGAUGAGAGAGGAGACCACAGUGGCUCUGAGAACUGAUGCUGCUUGGCUCUCUUCCAGGAGCAAUGCUGCACUAGACCUUUUUUGGAUUCUUCCUGACAAUUUUUACAUUAAGGGGAGGAGGGGGAAAUGCGUAUUUUAUGCUUAAGGUAUUUAGUUCUUCCUGGCAUGAGCCACGAGACCAUGUUUGGGCCUUUAGCACAGAGGGUCUCUUCCCAUCAGGAUGGGAACAGAAGACAGUGGUUAAAUGAGGUGGUUGGAGCACCUGGGUUCUAUUGUACUAACACAGGUAUUUCAGGGUAAAUCUCAGGAAAUUAUCAGUGAUAUCUGAUAGGAUAUUAAUUUCUUCUGCUCAGUGAAUCUUUGUCCUGUGACCAAGAUCUGUUGCUUCAUAGGAAGACAAAGAUACCCAUAAUAUACCUGGCCAACUAAGCUGUGCUGCCUCUGGGUUGGAGUUGCUCCCUGAAGUGCUAAUGAUGCCCCAGUCUGUGAGGUUUUUGUCUGUUUUCUGAGAGCUAUUAAGAACAAAACAACAUUAAACAGAGUAUCCUCUUGCAGAAACAGCAAGAGUGAGUUUGGGAUGAUGACCAUCCCUACAUUCUGGGGAUAAAGGAUAAACAUAUUUGCCUGUUCAAAGUUUGUGUGAAUCACCCUGUCAGAGCUGAGGAAUUUAACUACAAUGCAAGAGGGAGGAAUAUGCCCCAGAAAGACCUUAACGACUGAAAGUUUAUUGCUGUGGUAACUUAGGGAUGUCACCCUCUUACCGCUAGGUGAACUUAACUCCAUUCAAUGCAAGCCUGCCUUGCUGUAAUAGCUACAGCAGUUGAAGCUGGAAAGGGACAGAUACAAAUAAGCCUCAGGGGAAGAGGUUGGUUUUGUCGUCAAGAUGACAAGAAAUGGACUUGAAGUAGAACUAGGGCUGUCAAAUGAUUUAAUGUGAUUAAUCACUUUUUAAUCUCAUGAUCAAUCAGAACUUUAAACAAUAUUGGAAUGCCAUUUAUUAAAAUAAUUUUGCCAGUA